CCGAGGGCCUGAAACUCUGCGGUCUAUCCAACAGUCGCUCUCCCCCUCCCUCAAUCCCCAACAAGCACGGCGGAUUGACCCGGAUCGCAAUGGGUCCGCAACUGAAAAUGUUCUCGGGCCCUCAGAUGGCCUUCUUCCGGCCGUCCUGUUUGUCGACGCCCUUCUCGGCCUUCCCACUAUCACGAUGCUUUUCGACAACCUCGCCUGCCCUUGAUUGGCUUACCCCCAAGGUCGCCGAGCGAUCCAAGUCCCCCAAGGGUCGUCCACAUGUCGCGACUGGUGGUUCCUCCCGCGGUACAACGGUCGUCUGGGGCCAGUAUGGCUUGCGGAUGAAGGACCACGACCGUCGGUUGCCGGCCUCGUCCCUGAAAAUCGCCGAGGAUACGAUCAAGAGACGUCUGAGGGGUAUGAACUACCAGUUGUACAAGCGAGUGAGCGCGAACAUCGGUGUCUACACGAAGGGAAAUGAACAGCGUAUGGGUAAGGGUAAGGGAAAGUUCGACUACUGGACGGCCAAGGUUGCCGUGAGCAGAAUUGUCUUCGAGCUCCAGGGUGACCUGCACGAGAAGGUCGCCAGGGAGGCGUUCCGUCUGGCGGGUCACAAGCUGCCCGGCCUUUGGGAAUUCGUCAAGAAGGGCGACCCGCCCAUGGUCGGAAUAACCAAACUCGGCAACGGAGUCACCUUGGAAACCCUCAAACGCGCACGCAGAAGCCCAGCCCUGGGCACCGAGAACCUCCCGAAACCCCCCACCUCCACCUCCUCCAGCCCCUCUGCUUCCCAAUAAAUCCAGCGCGCCAAUUUCAACUUCAAAUCAUGCCCAUUACCACGGUUUAUUCACAACAAUUUUGUUUUUGUGACGUCUAGGCCCCGACGUCCGAACCAGGCCCAUACCCUUGUUCUCUCCUGAUUUUUGCCGCCAGCGCUGCACCCUCCUCCGGGGUUUCGGGCUUCAGGUCUUGUGUAUAUUAUCAUCAGCUUUAGAUUCUGUGUCUUCCGAUUGAUUAUCGCCCGGUGUUGAUGUCUUCAUACGCGGAGUUAGGAAACGAAGAUCAACUGUACCUUUGUCUGUGAAUCCGGAGAGACCCGAAGUAGACUCUCCUUGUUCAAGCUUCCGUGCGAGAGGAGUGUCUCCAUUACCGUUACCGUUGCCAUUACCAUUGUUGUUGCCGUUGCCUCCCAGAGUGGUUCUCAUUUCACUCGUCGUAUGUUGGGAGCUGCC